AUUAGUCUGUUGGGGACGGUGGACUUUGAUAGAUCGCGAACAUAAGUUAAAGCUUACUGAAAUGUUGAUUGCAUUGCUUGUAAAUGCAGUACUACUGGUAGCAGUGUGGGCGCUACUUCGACACAUUGACAGAAGAUACUAUAUUCUUUCCCUGGCUAAGCGCAUUAAGACCGUGGAUGGCAGUCCUUUAAGUGGCAAGGUAGUUAUAUUACCGGGUAAAACAAGAUUUGGUAAUAAUUUUGAUGUACUGAAGAUGACGCCGGCAAUGUUAUUUCGUUUUGUCCGUGAUGCUUAUACUAAAGCCAACGGACGGAGCUAUCUUUGGUAUUUUCUAUUUGCCCCGAUGUACAAUGUAGUAUGCGCUGAGGAUGCCGAAGAAAUCUUUCAAAGUACAAAGUUGAUAACAAAAAAUAUUGUGUACGAAUUGCUAAGACCCUUUAUGGGAGAUGGUUUGCUUAUUAGUACAGAUCGGAAGUGGCACAUAAGACGAAAGAUGUUGACACCUGCUUUUCAUUUUAAUAUCCUACAGGAGUUCUUAGAUAUUUUCAAGGAAGAAUGCAAUAAACUUGUCGAAACUCUAUAUCGAAAUAUGGAUAACGAAGUGGAUCUUAGUAAGCUUAUUCCGCAGUUUACAUUAAAUAAUGUUUGCGAAACUGCUCUCGGUGUAAAGCUUGAUGAUAUGAUAGAAGGCGCACAAUAUCGUGAGGCAAUACAUGCCCUUGAGACUGUCAUGGUAGAACGAACUUGCAAUCCCUUAAUGUACCUUUUGCCAAUAUUUUAUCUCUGUGGUAGUUAUAAAAAGCACACAACAAAUCUCAAGUUGGCACACGACUUCGCUAGCCGAAUUAUCAAGCGUAAACGAAGUCAAAACAAGCAACAGAUUGCAUUCAAAAGUGACAUUGGCAAAAAGCAACGAUAUGCAAUGCUAGAUACCCUAUUGGAAGCAGAAAAUGAGGGCUUAAUUGACCAUCAAGGCAUUUGUGAUGAAGUAAACACAUUCAUGUUUGAAGGAUAUGACACAACUUCCACCUGUCUCAUCUUUACAUUGCUUAUGUUAGCUCUUCAUGAAGAUGUUCAAAAUCGUUGUGUUGAGGAGCUGCAGCAUUUAUCUAGAGAUCAUAAUGAACUGCUUGUUUUCAAUUUCAAUGAGCUCGAUUAUCUCGAAUGCGUUAUUAAGGAAUCAUUACGCCUUUUUCCACCAGUUCCUUUUUUAGGGCGCGUGUGUACUGAAGACACAGUUAUUAACGGUUUAAUUAUGCCAAAGGGGACUCAAAUCAAUAUACACGUGUUUGAUAUAAUGAGAGAUCCCCGCCAUUUUCCAAACCCCUUUAAAUUUCAGCCAGAACGUUUCUUGCAAGAAAAUUCGUUGAGUCUUCAUCCAUUUUCCUUUGUUCCUUUUAGUGCUGGGCAACGUAAUUGCAUUGGUCAAAAAUUUGCUAUUUUAGAGAUUAAAGUUCUACUAGUCUCUAUAUUGCGAAACUUCAAACUCUUUCCUGUGACCCAGCUAGAGGACAUAAUUUUGGAAUAUGGUAUUGUUUUACGUUCGCAACAAAACGUAAGAAUCAAAUUGAAAAAACGUGGAGAAUAAUAUAAAAAAUAAAAUUUGGCUUU